UGUAAAGAAAUAUUAAUAAUAAAAAAAAGGACGAAGACUUCCUCUAUGCUGCAGUACUAAAGUACAACUCAGGAGUUCUGAAUAAAGUAAGGGGGUGCCAUGCUGGCUGCUGCUCCCCUGCUGCUCCUUCAUGCCAUCUGCUGGUGGCCCUUGGUGCUGUUCCUGCUGCUGCCACCCCUGCCACUCUUUGCCCUCAUCACUCCACCGACUUUCACGUCCCUUUACGGCUCUGAACUUAACCACCUCCUACUGGACUCCAGCUCUGGGUACGUCUACGUAGGUGCGGUAAAUGCUCUCUAUCACCUUUCCCCAGACCUCCAGCUAAUCUCAUGGGGCAAAACAGGUCCAACGCUGGACAGCCCCAAUUGUUUGCCCCCGAUUGAGCCUAAAGAUUGCAGCCAGGCUCGGCAAACCGACAACACCAAUCAGCUGCUGCUGCUGGAGAAACAGGAAGGGAUACAGGCACAGAGCCUGAUUGUAUGCGGCACUGUGCUGCAGGGCAUCUGCGAGAAGCGCAACCUGGCCAACGUCUCCCAGGUCCUGUACCACACGGCCAACCCCGUAGACACACAGUACGUCGCCGCCAAUGACCCUCGUGUCUCCACCGUUGCUGUGCUCACUGAGCACAAGGGCACACGCCUCAUGCUUGUUGGACGAGGAUUCACCAGCAAAGGACCCGGCGGAAUUUCACCAAUCACAACUCGCCGCCUCGAGCAGUACCGUUCCUCUCCUGCGUUUUCACACGAGGAACUCGGUAAACUUGUAGUGGGCAGUUACUCCGAGUACAACAACCAGUUUGUGAAGGUACUUCACCACGGCACACAUAUCUAUUUCCUGUUCUCGCGCCGCGAUACUCUGAAAACGCGUGAUUACCACACGUACAUAUCACGCCUCUGCGACGGAGACCCCAGCUUUUACUCAUAUGUGGAGGUACCGCUGAGCUGCACAGGAGGCUACAACCUGGCACAGGCAGCCACCAUGGGAACAUACCUCGGAAGAGCCUCCAUCUUUGUCGCCAUGGCGAAGGGACAGGCGUCCACAAAUACGCCCACGGAGCGCUCAGCUUUGUGUUUGUACAGCAUGGAGGAGCUGGACAAGGCGCUGGACAGGGCACAGUUUUUGUGUUACACGCAGGAAGGAAAAGGAGUUAAAGAGCAUGAGGCCUACAUACCAUACGAGGUCCCCACAAAGUGCCUUAAGCUUCCUUCGCGAUCUGUAACCAAGUACCCGUGCGGAGGUGAGCACACCCCCAGCCCCAUCGCCAGUGCAGUGCCCCUCCAAGCCACCCCAGCAAACACCUGGGCAACUCAACUUUCUGCCGUUGCUGUAGCAACUGAGGCGGGCAACACCAUUGCACUCCUAGGUGACAAAAGUGGACAACUUUAUAAGGUCUUUGUUCAUGUGAAUGGUUCAGGUUCUCAGUAUGACUUGGUGAAGAUGGACCCUAAGAGCCCCGUGAAAGCUGACCUCCUGCUGGACUCCACCUUACGCAGUGUUUACAUCAUGACUGAGAAGAAGGUAACCCGUUUGCCAGUGGCUCAGUGUGAGAAGUAUUCGGACUGUCGUUCCUGCCUCUCUGUUCGAGACCCCUACUGUGGCUGGUGCUCACUAGAGGGCAGGUGUACACGGAAGAUGGAGUGCACCCGUCAUUCCCAGCCUCACCACUGGCUGUGGAGUUACGGUCAUGAUCGGCAGUGUGUGUCCAUCCAGAGUCUAGACCAGGAGCAGACACAGUUUUGCAUACAGGAGAUUACUGAGGGGCAGUGAAAAGCGCUGGGACCAUCGCCAACCUGAAAAUGUGGAGAUAAUGGAAAGCGUGUACCUCCACCUCUCCAGGAUCUUCUCAACC